GAUAGUCCCAUAAUGAUGCUGCCUCAAAACUCGUGGCGUAUUGAUUUUGGAAGAUGCUGCUGUCAUCAGAACCUUUUCUCUGCUGUGGUAACUUGCAUCCUGCUCCUGAAUUCCUGCUUUCUCAUCAGCAGUUUUAAUGGAACAGAUUUGGAGUUGAGGCUGGUCAAUGGAGACGGUCCCUGCUCUGGGACAGUGGAGGUGAAAUUCCAGGGACAGUGGGGAACUGUGUGUGAUGACGGGUGGAACACUACUGCCUCAAUUGUCGUGUGCAAACAGCUUGGAUGUCCAUUUUCUUUCACCAUGUUUCAUUCUGGACAAGCCGUGACUAGACAUGGAAAAAUUUGGCUUGAUGAUGUUUCCUGUUACGGAAAUGAGUCAGCUCUCUGGGAAUGUCAACACCGGGAAUGGGGAAGCCAUAACUGUAAUCAUGGAGAAGAUGUUGGUGUGAACUGUUAUGGUAAGAGUCUAACUAGAGUAGGAAGGCAAGGUGAAGCCAAUCUGGGUUUGAGGCUAGUGGAUGGAAACAACUCCUGUUCAGGGAGAGUGGAGGUGAAAUUCCAAGAAAGGUGGGGGACUAUAUGUGAUGAUGGGUGGAACUUGAAUACUGCUGCCGUGGUGUGCAGGCAACUAGGAUGUCCAUCUUCUUUUAUUUCUUCUGGAGUUGUUAAUAGCGCCCCAUUUGCUGUAUUGCGCCCCAUUUGGCUGGAUGACAUUUUAUGCCAGGGGAAUGAGUUGGCACUCUGGAAUUGCAGACAUCGUGGAUGGGGAAAUCAUGACUGCAGUCACAAUGAGGAUGUCACAUUAACUUGUUACGAUAGUAGUGAUCUUGAACUAAGGCUUGUAGGUGGAACUAACCGCUGUAUGGGGAGAGUAGAGCUGAAAAUCCAAGGAAGGUGGGGGACCAUAUGCCACCAUAAGUGGAACAAUGCUGCAGCCGAUGUCGUAUGCAAGCAGUUGGGAUGUGGAACUGCACUUCACUUCGCUGGCUUGCCUCAUUUGCAGUCAGGGUCUGAUAUCGUAUGGCUCGAUGGUGUCUCCUGCUCCGGUAAUGAAUCUUUUCUUUGGGACUGCAGACAUUCCGGAACCGUAAAUUUUGACUGUCUUCAUCAAAACGAUGUGUCUGUGAUCUGCUCAGAUGGAGCAGAUCUGGAACUGCGAUUAGCAGAUGGAAGUAACAAUUGUUCAGGGAGAGUAGAGGUGAGAAUCCAUGAACAGUGGUGGACAAUAUGUGACCAGAACUGGAAGAAUGAACAAGCCCUUGUGGUUUGUAAGCAGCUAGGAUGUCCGUUUAACGUCUUUGGCAGUCGUCGUGCUAAACCUAGUAAUGAAGCUAGAGACAUAUGGAUAAACAGCAUAUCUUGCACUGGGAAUGAGUCAGCUCUCUGGGACUGCACGUAUGACGGAAAAGCAAAGCGAACAUGCUUCCGAAGAUCAGAUGCUGGAGUAAUUUGUUCUGAUAAGGCAGAUCUGGAUCUAAGGCUUGUCGGGGCUGAUAGCCCCUGUUAUGGGAGAUUGGAGGUGAAAUACCAAGGAGAGUGGGGGACUGUGUGUCAUGACAGAUGGAGCACAAGGAAUGCAGCUGUUGUGUGUAAACAAUUGGGAUGUGGAAAGCCUAUGCAUGUGUUUGGUAUGACCUAUUUUAAAGAAGCAUCAGGACCUAUUUGGCUGGAUGACGUUUCUUGCAUUGGAAAUGAGUCAAAUAUCUGGGACUGUAAACACAGUGGAUGGGGAAAGCAUAAUUGUAUACACAGAGAGGAUGUGAUUGUAACCUGCUCAGGUAAUGCAACAUGGGGCCUGAGACUGGUGGGUGGCAGCAACCGCUGCUCAGGAAGACUGGAGGUGUACUUUCAAGGACGGUGGGGCACAGUGUGUGAUGAUGGCUGGAACAGUAAUGCUGCAGCUGUGGUGUGUAACCAGCUGGACUGCCCAUCUUCUAUCAUUGGCAUGGGUCUGGGAAACGCUUCUACAGGAUAUGGAAAAAUUUGGCUCGAUGAUGUUUCCUGUGAUGGAGAUGAGUCAGAUCUCUGGUCAUGCAGGAACAGUGGGUGGGGAAAUAAUGACUGCAGUCACAGUGAAGAUGUUGGAGUGAUCUGUUCUGAUGCAUCGGAUAUGGAGCUGAGGCUUGUGGGUGGAAGCAGCAGGUGUGCUGGAAAAGUUGAGGUGAAAAUCCAGGGUGCCGUGGGAAUUCUGUGUGCUAAUGGCUGGGGAAUGAACAUUGCUGAAGUUGUUUGCAGGCAACUUGAAUGUGGGUCUGCAAUCAGGGUCUCCAGAGAGCCUCAUUUCACAGAAAGAACAUUACACAUCUUAAUGUCGAAUUCUGGCUGCACUGGAGGGGAAGCCUCUCUCUGGGAUUGUAUACGAUGGGAGUGGAAACAGACUGCGUGUCGUUUAAAUAUGGAAGCAAGUUUGAUCUGCUCAGCCCACAGGGAGCCCAGGCUGGUUGGAGCUGAUAUACCCUGCUCUGGACGUGUUGAAGUGAAACAUGCAGACACAUGGCGCUCUGUCUGUGAUUCUGAUUUCUCUCUUCAUGCUGCCAAUGUGCUGUGCAGAGAAUUAAAUUGUGGAGAUGCCAUAUCUCUUUCUGUGGGAGAUCACUUUGGAAAAGGGAAUGGUCUAACUUGGGCCGAAAAGUUCCAGUGUGAAGGGAGUGAAACUCACCUUGCAUUAUGCCCUGCGGUUCAACAUCCGGAAGACACUUGUAUCCACAGCAGAGAAGUUGGAGUUGUCUGUUCCCGAUAUACAGAUGUCCGACUUGUGAAUGGCAAAUCCCAAUGUGAUGGGCAAGUGGAGGUCAACGUGCUUGGACACUGGGGCUCACUGUGUGACACCCACUGGGACCCAGAAGAUGCCCGUGUUCUAUGCAGACAGCUCAGCUGUGGGACUGCUCUCUCAACCACAGGAGGCAAAUAUAUUGGAGAAAGAAGUGGUCGUGUGUGGGGACACAGGUUUCAUUGCUUAGGGAAUGAGUCACUUCUGGAUAACUGUCAAAUGACAGUUCUUGGAGCACCUCCCUGUAUCCAUGGAAAUAUAGUCUCUGUGAUCUGCACAGGAAGUCUGACCCAGCCACUGUUUCCAUGCCUCGCAAAUGUAUCUGACCCAUAUUUGUCCGCAGUUCCAGAGGGCAGUGCUUUCAUCUGCUUAGAGGACAAACGGCUCCGCCUAGUGGAUGGGGACAGCCGCUGUGCCGGGAGAGUAGAGAUCUAUCACAACGGCUUCUGGGGCACCAUCUGUGAUGACGGCUGGGACCUGAGCGAUGCCCACGUGGUGUGUCGAAAGCUGGGCUGUGGAGUGGCCCUCAAUGCCACGGUCUCUGCUCACUUUGGGGAGGGGUCAGGGCCCAUCUGGCUGGAUGACCUGAACUGCACAGGAACGGAGUCCCACUUGUGGCAAUGUCCUUCCCGCGGCUGGGGGCAGCACGACUGCAGGCACAAGGAGGACGCAGGGGUCAUCUGCUCAGAAUUCACAGCCUUGAGGCUCUACAGUGAAACUGAAACAGAGAGCUGUGCUGGGAGACUGGAAGUCUUCUAUAAUGGGACUUGGGGCAGCGUCGGCAGGAGGAACAUCACCACAGCCAUAGCAGGCAUUGUGUGCAGGCAGCUGGGCUGUGGGGAGAAUGGAGUUGUCAGUCUCGCCCCUUUAUCUAAAACAGGCUCUGGUUUCAUGUGGGUGGAUGACAUUCAGUGUCCUAAAACGCAUAUCUCCCUAUGGCAGUGCCUGUCUGCCCCAUGGGAGCAAAGAAUCUCCAGCCCAGCAGAAGAGACCUGGAUCACAUGUGAAGAUAGAAUAAGAGUGCGUGGAGGAGACACCGAGUGCUCUGGGAGAGUGGAGAUCUGGCACGCAGGCUCCUGGGGCACAGUGUGUGAUGACUCCUGGGACCUGGCUGAGGCGGAAGUGGUAUGUCAGCAGCUGGGCUGUGGCUCUGCUCUGGCUGCCAUGAGGGAGGCUUCGUUUGGCCAGGGAACUGGAACCAUCUGGUUGGAUGACAUGCAGUGCAAAGGAAAUGAGUCAUUUCUAUGGGACUGUCAUGCCAAACCCUGGGGACAAAGUGACUGUGGACACAAGGAAGAUGCUGGCGUGAGGUGCUCUGGACAGUCGCUGAGAUCACUGAAUGCCUCCUCAGGUCAUUCAGCACUUAUUUUAUCUAGUAUCUUUGGGCUCCUUCUCCUGGUUCUGUUUAUUCUAUUUCUCACGUGGCGCCAAGUUCAGAAACAAAAACAUCUGCCCCUCAGAGUUUCAACCAGAAGGAGGGGUUCUCUCGAGGAGAAUUUAUUCCAUGAGAUGGAGACCUGCCUCAAGAGAGAGGACCCACACGGGACAAGAACCUCAGAUCAACCUCUAAAUAUCUUUGAAGGAGACAACAACUUUUAAAUGAAUAAAGAGGAAGUAAAGUUGCCCUAUAGAAAACUUGUCCAAAUAACAUUUCAACAGCUAAAUUGAUAAAGACUGGUGAUAAUAAAAGUUGAAUUAUGUAUAUC